AUGACUCCAUCUACAAGACAGUUCAAUGGCUCCCACUUCCAGGUCACAGAAUUCAUUCUCAUGGGACUUCCAGGAAUCUAUAGCUGGCAGCAUUGGCUAUCUCUACCCCUAGCCUUAUUCUACCUCUUAUCCCUCAGUGCCAAUCUUCUCAUCAUCAUCACCAUCUGGAAGGAACCCAAAUUGCACCAACCCAUGUACCAGUUCCUGAGCAUCUUGUCUUUAGUCGACAUGGGUCUGGCCACCACAAUCAUGCCCAAGAUAUUGGCCAUCUUCUGGUUUGAUGCCAAGUCCAUCAGUCUUCCUGAGUGCUUUGCUCAGAUCUAUGCCAUACACUGCUUUGUGGGCAUGGAGUCUGGCAUCUUCCUUUGCAUGGCUUUUGACAGAUAUGUGGCUAUUUGCUAUCCCCUCCGCUACCCCACCAUUGUCACCAACUCUUUUGUUUUAAAAGCCACAGUAUUCAUGCUGCUCAGAAAUGGGUUGGGUGUUAUCCCAGUGCCUGUGCUAGCUGCUCAGCGAGAUUACUGCUCUUCCAAUGAGAUUGAACACUGCCUGUGCUCCAACUUGGGAGUUACCAGCCUGUCUUGUGAUGACAGGAGAGCCAAUAGCAUUUGCCAGAUGAUUGUUGCCUGGCUGGUAAUGGGAAGUGACUUAAGCCUGAUCAUCUUUUCCUAUGCCUUCAUCCUCCAUUCUGUGCUGAAACUGAAUUCUGCAGAAGCUGCAUCCAAAGCCCUAAGCACCUGUAGUUCUCACCUCAUCCUCAUCCUCUUCUUCUAUACAGUUAUUGUAGUUAUUUCUGUCACACAUCUGGCAGGAAGAAAGUUUCCCCUGAUCCCUGUGCUUUUCAAUGUGUUGCACAACAUCAUCCCCCCAGCUCUCAAUCCUUUAGUGUAUGCAUUUAGGACCCAAGACCUCAGAUUGGGCUUCCAGAAGGUCCUUCUGACAAGCAUAAAGAGCAAAUGA